GGCACAUACAAAUAGAUAACUAUCACCGUAACAAAUCAACACAAGUUAACAGUUAAUUUGCAAAAAGACACCCAGACUCUUUAAGUACAUAUUUAUAAUAACAAACGCUGAGCGCGGGGCGAGCAGUUAGCGUAAACACGCUAUGUAUGCGGGGCUCGGACACCGUUAGGCUGUCCGUAUAAAUGCAGAACCCCACCUGUUCGGUUAGUAUAACGCGCCGACGACCAUGAGGCUGUACCUGUAUCCACUGUUUUUGUUUACUUUCCUUUCCCUCGCACGCGCGGCCAAACUCCCCGCGCUCGAUGCUCGGGAUUUAGAGAAAAAACUUGCUGCCGUGGCGCAGGAGGCUGCCAAAGAUAUUGUGCCAGUUGAUAACGCGUCCAAUAACGAGGACCUGACAGACCAGACGACUGUCAUUAACGAAAUCGAAAAUAACCUCCGCAUCAAAACAAACGAUAUCCCUGUUAAAGUUGUCGUUGAAAAUGCCAAAUCAACAGUGGAAGGUAUCGAGAAUAUAAAUACUAACGAAGAACAAAAUACUGAGGAAAGUUCCGACAUUAAAAGAGUAGAAAUUGACCUGAAGAAUCCAGGGUUACCACAACGCCAAGAGCAUGACACACAAAACCCUGAACAUUACGAGGAACCAGUACCUAAACUAAAGGAAAGCAUUGUUAACACACAGGCAGCAUUAAAACAAGGUUUCCAAGGCGUCGCUGAUUGGAUUGCAAAUAAUGAGCAAAUAAACUCCAUUCAAAGUAGUCUACAAAAUCUUCAAGAGAGCUUCACGAGCCAAAUUCAGAAGCUUAAUGAUACAGUUCAGUCCAUUUGGAAUAACGAUCCGAACAAAAAUGAAGCAGGAAGCGAACCAGGACAGACUAAAGCGAUUAAUAACGUCGAAAUUGGUCUGAAAACUUUAGAAGAUAGCUUUAGGAGUGGAAUCAAAGCAUUAACUGAGGAAGUCCACGCUUCAAACAUUGUCAGAGCUGACGGUGAUAAGCCGGGGGAAAGUGGAGCGACAACAGACGGAUCAGCGUCAGGCGGUUCUGGUUCUGAUGGUGCAUCAAACAAUCCCUUCCUCCAGGCUUUGCAAAGUUUCCAAAAUACUGUUUCGCAAAGUUUAUCCAACGUUACCAGUGCAUGGCAAAAUUAUAUAACAAGCAUCCAGCAAGGAAACGCUGGCAAUAACACAAGCUCUGGCCCCGGUAGUUUCAUUUCUGGUAUAGGAAGUGGAAUACAGAAUAUAUUUGCUCAAUCACCCUCCACACCAGCUACUGGACAAUCAGAUGAAGUGAGUGGCACUACCUCUAGACCAGGUUUGCCAAUCUGGCAAGGUAUCCAAAGCUCUAUCCAGAAUAUUUGGAACCUGGGCCAAAAUCAACCUACACAAAGUCCACAAAAUGACCAGCCCGCACAGUCUAGUAGCGGACCCAUUGCGCAAGCAAUUCAAAACAAUCCUCUCGUUCAAGGAGUAGUAAAUUUAAUACAACCAAACAGGCCUGGUGCGCAACAACCACAAGCAGUGAAACCUGCUGAUCCUAGCCAACAGGAAGGAAGCAACGUUGUACCAGCACCCACAGAAUCAAAACCUGAACAGUCCACCGCCGAGAAAAUACAACCAUCAGCCGACGGCCCAAUUAAGAAGAUUAUUCAGAAUAAUCCUAUCGUAAAAGGUAUAUCUGGUGCUGUUCACAAACUCACAAGUCCAGAGAGACCCAGAGAUACAGUGGAGGGUCAGAAGAGUGAUAAGGACGUCAAAGGUGGUUUAUUCAUAGGUGGGCACGGAGUGCACGGUGGGCACGGCGGACACGGCGGCUCACAUUCAGUGACAGCAUGGAGCAAUUUUGUGAACAGUCUCAUAGGUACUAUAUCAGCUUCUAUCAAUGGAACCACCGCCUCAAUAUCGACAGCACUCAACAGCGCUAUAAACACAAUAGGCAGUAAUGUUCAGAGUAUAAUAACAACAGCAGAGGGCUAGAAAACAACGAGCAAUCUAAUAUUGAAGAAACACAGAGGAUACAAAAUGAGAAAGAUGUACUAGACAAAGAGGAGUCCAAACCGGAAGUGCAACCUGAUAAGACUGAAUAAGUCACAACAUAUCUAUAGUGUGAUAAUAAGAUAAUGCUAAUUUAUUUCACGAUUAAGAUUAAAUGUAAAUAAAUAACA